CCACAAAACCCCCCUCAAGACCAAGACCAAGACCAAGCAUCCACAUCAGUAGCCCCCCUGCCCCUCCCCUCCCCCUCCACAGCCACAGACGACACUACCACCCAACUCAACGUCGACGGCCAAGCAGUCAAACUCGACCACCUGGGGCCCCUGGUGGUGAAUAAAGACGGCACCCUGUCGCGCAUUGCGAAUUGGGAGUCCAUGGCGGAGAUUGAGAGGCAGAAUACGCUGAGGAUUUUGGUCAAGAGGAAUCAGGUUAGGUUGGGGGCGUUGAGGGGGGAGCAGGGCGAGGAGAAGUAA